AUGAAUAUUGAAGAUCUAAUAAAAGAGAACAAUGAAUUGUUAAAUAAGAUUUAGAAGGAGAGUCAGCCACAAUCAAUUGAUAAUUAAUUAGCAUAGAUGAGAGAACAACUAAAUUAUUUAUAAUAAAUUGAUAUCAAAAGAUAAGCAAGGUAUGAUUAAUUAGUGAACUAAUCUGCCAAAUUGCAAUAACUCUUUAUAGAAUUGAUGAACUUUGUGAACGAUUCUUAAAUAAGAGGAAAUUAGUUUAACACAAUAAUUCGUUAAUAUAAUGAGUUAUCAUUCAGAUCUGCUGUUGCAAAUGAAAGAUCACCUUGCAAGCCUAGUACUCCUUUAAAAAAACAAAGAAAUUAUAUGGCAACCAAUAAUAAAUUUUGA